CUUUCAGUUGGUUGCUGGAAUCGCAGCGUGUCGGUUCCAGAAUCGGUGGAUCGGUGUUUUUCAAGGACCUCAAGGAUCAAAAGGACUCUUCAAAAUGGUAAUUGAGGAGUGGAAAAAGAGUGGCAUCGCCACCAAAUUCCCCACAUACCGAAACUCGCCCCUGAUCACCACACAUAGCUGGCAGAAGGGCAAACGGCAGGACGAUCGCGCGGAAGGACUCUGGCGAAUCUACGAUGGCAUCUAUGACUUCACCGAGUUCAUUGACAAACAUCCUGGCGGUCCUUUCUGGAUACGUGAGACCAAGGGCACCGACAUAACCGAAGCCUUUGAGGCACAUCAUCUUACGACGGCUCCCGAGAAGAUGAUUGCCAAAUACCGGGUUAGGGAUGCAGCAGAGCCAAGGAUCUACACCCUGACUUUGGAGGAAGGGGGAUUCUACAAGACCCUCAAGGAGCGAGUGCGCGAAAAGCUGAAGACUGUGGACAAGCGGCCAAAACGAAAGAGUGAUCUUAUACACUUCGGCGUCCUUGUGUCGCUCUUCAUUUUCGGAAUCGCCAGUGCCAAGUUCGAUAGCCUUCUAGCUCUGGUCCUGGCGGGUGUGGCCCUCUGUUGGACGGUGAUCGUGUCCCACAACUACUUCCAUCGUCGGGACAACUGGCAGAUGUACGCCUUCAACCUGGGUCUGAUGAACUUCGCCGCCUGGCGAGUGUCCCACGCCCUGUCCCAUCACAUCUAUCCCAAUUCCUAUUUCGAUCUGGAGCUCUCGAUGUUCGAGCCGCUGCUGUGCUGGGUGCCCAAUCCGCAUAUCAAGAGCAAGGUGAUGCGCUACGUGUCCUGGGUCACAGAACCGGUGGCCUAUGCCCUGGCCUUCUUUAUACAGAUGGGCACACGUAUUUUCUACUCGCUGCGCCACACGAACAUCCUCUACUGGCACGAUCUGGUGCCGCUGAGUAUACCCAUCGCUAUAUACCUGGGAACUGGAGGAUCUGCGGGUGUUUGGAUCAGCGUGCGCACAUGGCUUGCGAUGACGUCGAUCGCCAGCUUUAGCUUUUGUGUGAUCGGUCUGAAUGCUGCCCAUCACGAUCCGGAAAUCUAUCACGAGGGCGAUGCAAAUCGCGAGGAUCGCGACUGGGGUCUCUUUCAGGUGGACACAAUAAUUGAUCGCGGUGAUCUCAAGUGGUCACAGUUCCUGGUCCUCACCCACUUUGGCGAUCAUGUGCUCCACCAUCUCUUCCCCACGCUGGAUCAUGGCCUCCUACCCGCUCUCUAUCCAGUGCUGUACGAGACUCUCGAUGAGUUCAAGGGUCAUCUGCGCGAAUGCAACCACAUUGAGCACAUGAUCGGCCAGCACAAGCAACUUCUGCGCAUCGAGCCCAAUCCCAGGCCUCCUGGGGCGGGAAAGUAGGAUUUACUUUGUAUGGGGCUUAAUUAAAAAUAAAUAAAUAUAUUCACAUAAUCUUAGUAGUAACCAUA